AUGAUGGAUCCAGUGGCGGGUUUGGAUCCUGGCGGUGCAGCGACAACCAUGGCUGCUGAGGUGAUAAAUUCUCCGCAGAGACGUUUGGAUUUGAACCUGCCUACCGACGAACUUCAAACUAAAUCCGGCGUUGCUCAGUUACCGUUAGAUGCUGUACGUGGAACGCCCGAUGCUGCUCAUGGACCGUCAGAUGCUGAACAGGGACCGACGGAUGCUGCAGGACCGUCAGAUGCUGCUCAGGUUCCUUCGGAUAAUGUGCGGCUGUUGGAUGCAGCACACCGACCGUCAGUUCAGGCGGCCGAUGCCUGUCAAGUGAAAGUCGAGGCAUCUGAAGCGAAGCAGCAGACCGAAUUGACUGAGAAACAUCACGACGCGAGUUCGCAACAGCCUGUAGAAUCGGAGAAACAUGAACAGGAUCGGGGUUCUAACGCACCUUCGGUGGCCGAUGUCUGCCAGAUGAAGUUUGAGGCAUCUGAAGAGAAGCAGCAGACCGAUUUGGACGAAAAUUAUCAUCAGCGAUAUUUACAGCAGCGUGAAGCAUCGGAGAAGCAUGAUCAGGAUCAGGGGUCUAAAGCACCUGAGGAAACUGAGCAAAACCCUGAAGCUCCUGAAAACCCUGUUCAGGAGUCCAAACCAACUGAGAAGCCUGAUCAGGGCCCUGAAGCACCUGAGGAGCCGGAUCAUGAUUUUGACACAGCCAGCCGGCGUAAUCAGCAGCCUCAUGCGUCUGUAAAGCCUACUGCGCAGCUCGAAGCAGCUGAGCCUACAGCCGUGGCCGAUUCGCCUGCUGAAAUGUCCAAUCAACAGUCGGAUUCCAUCGACAAGCCUAUUGCCGCAAAGCCUGCUGAACAUCUCGAAGCAGCCGAACGUACUGCAGCAGCUAAUACGCCUGCUCAGCAUCCUGAUGCUGCUGAAACGUCUAAUCAACGGCCGGAUUCCAUCGACAAGCCUACUGCCGAGAAGCCCAUGGAGCAACCUGCCACGCCUCUUGAUGAAGUGGGGAGGAAUUCCUCGCAGACGGAAGCUGAUGGUGAACCCGCUCAGCAUGUGGAUGCAGCUGAGCAAUCUGCUGAGGAGGCUGACACGCCUACAGAACAGUUUGUCGCACCCGACAUGUCCUUGCAGCCGUCUGAUACAACUGCUAAGAAGUCUCAGCAGAUGGAAGCUGAUGUUAAUCCCGCUCGGCAUAUGAAUGCCGAUCAAAUUGUUGGGCAUGCCGACAAGCCCACUGAGCAGUCUGAAUCACCGGACAAGCCCGCUGGUCCUGGCGAGGCUGUUGAUACUCUUUCUGAGCAGCCAAUAGCAGCUGAGCCUACUGAGCCUGCUGAGAAGCCGGGUGGGGCGAGGAGAGGGAGAGGUGGGAGGCGGGGCGGUGGGAAGGGGGAUGGCGGGAGUGAGAGCGGGAUGAGCGCGGAAGGGGAGGGGGAAACUGAGGUGGAGAGUAAGGCAAAAGGGGCGGGAGGGGGGGUGGGAGGUGCGGGAGGUGAGGAGGGCGAAGGGGAAGGGAAGAGUCUGGUGCUGGAGCGGAUUAGUGAGUGGGAGGAGAGGAUAAUGGAGGUGGAAGAGGAGGAGCAGGAGGAGGAGGAGGUGCGACGGGCGAAAGAGAGGGCCAAGGCGAGGGCUGAGGAGAAGGCUAAGCAGGAGCGCAAGGAUAAGGGAAAGGAGAAGGCCCUCUCCUUGGAGAAGGCUAGAAGCCCGAAGGCUGGGCGGAAGGGAGGUGGGAGGGGUAAGCAUGGGCGGGCGAGUGAGGAGGAAGGGAGUGUGGCGGGUGGUGGGGGGGAGGAGGAGGAGGGGAAAGGGAUCGAGUAUGGAAGGGGUGAAGGGGAGACGAGUAAGCGGAAGGGGAGUAAGGAGGGGAGGAAGGAGGGUGGGGUGGAGGAGAGGGGGGAGGGCGCGGGAGGAGAGAGGGAGGGGGGACGGCGCAAGGAGGGGCAGGUGAAUGUGUACGUGAGGAGGAGGAAGAGGGCGGGAGGCGUGGGGGAGGGGCAGACGACACCGUCAGGAAGCAAUCUUGAUGCUGCCAUGUGCUAUGAGACUAGCAAGGCUGUUAUAAGCCAAGAGGCGGGUUCAGGGGGAGGAGUGAAGGACGCAGAUGCAGCACAAGUGAUCAGGGAAGGUGGAGAAGGAGGGGUGGAAGCAGAGGCAGGCGUGAGUGGUGGAGUGGUUGGGGAGGAGAAGGAGCUGGAGGGUGCUGAGGCUGCUGGUGCUGCUGUGGGGUGUGAUGAACAACUGGAGGAGAGAGGGGAGGAGGAGGUGGUUCCUGGGCAAGGGGGGACCUUUGGGGAGGUGGAGAGGGAGAGAAGGGAGAAGGUGGCGAGGGAGACAGAGGAAAGGGAGAAGGAGGGGAGGGAGAAAGAGGAGGGGGAGAAGGAAGAGGCGAUGAGGGAGGAGCUGGAAAGGGGGAGGAGGGAGAAGGAAGCACGAGAAAAUAAAGCAAGGGAAGCACGAGAAAAGGAAGCAAGGGAGAAAGAAGAGGCGAUGAGGGAGGAACUCGAGAAAGAGAGGCGGGAGAAGGAGGCAGCAAUGCGAGAGCUGCAGCGGAUGAGGGCGGAGAUGAAGUGGCAGAUGGAACUGAUGCAGCAGCAGGUGGUGCGCGCUAGAAGGUUUUCAAGCUACAAAAACUCUGUGCGUGCUGCCAUGGCCAUGGCUGCACAGCUGCGGCACACAUCGAGAACCAAGGUUGCCCGCGCUAAAGCUCUGGCGGAAGCUCGAAGCAGAACCCGGGCAUUUAAACUUCCUGCAGCUGAGGAAGCUGGGGGCUCGGGCAGGAAGAAACGAUCACCCAGUAAGCAGAGGAAGGAAAUGGAAGCGUUGCAAGUGUCCGAGCGGGGAGGGGUUGGAGAGGAGAGACGAGGCUGGGAUAUAGUGAUGGAUGAAGGAGAAGAGAAGGGCAAGAGGGCGGGUGUGGAAAGGGGAAGGAAGAUUCAAGCGGAAGGGAGGAAGCAGAAGGAAGAUUUUUCUGAGGAGGAGGGGGAAGAGGAAGGAGAUUCGCCGUGGGAAGAAGGGCCGGAGUGGGAGGAGAGGGGAGGGGAUGAGGAACGUGAGGAGGGAGAGGAGGAGGAAGGUGAGGAGGGAGAGGAGAGUGGGGAGGAGGGAAUCCCUUUGACUCGCAGUGUGCAACGAGAGGCGUCGUUUAAAUCGUGGGUAAAAGCAGACACUAAGUCGUCUGGGGGUAUUGCAAAGGCGGACUCAAGGUUGUCUGGGGGUACUGCUGCUUACAGCGGAGGGGGUUUGAAAGGAAGUGUGCAGGGAGUUGGUUGUGCAGGAAAGGGGGUUGAAGAGGAGGGGGAGGUGGAUCUGAGGCAGGUGAAUCUGGCUGGUGCUCUAGACCGGGCGUGGGAGCAGGAGGAAGGGGAGAAAGAGGAGGGGGAGGAGAUGGCAAGGGAGCAGAGGAGGAAGAAGAGAGGGCGUGGGGGAGAUGAAGUGGAGGAAGGGAGAAGGGAAGAAGCACGGGAAGAUGGAGGGGAGGAGAGGGGAGAGAGUGAUAGUGGGAGUAGCUCAGAGGAAGGUGGGAGUGCGGCGAGUAUGCGGGGAUCGUCGGAUUCACCUGGAUCGGACGGUGGAGAGGGGUUUAGCUUUGAUGACGUGGUGACACGUGCUGGGAUUCUACAGGAUGGAGGGGUGAAGCGUGUGGGUGUGGGGGCACGGGUGGAGGGCGAGAGUGACCAGGCGAGAAUGCGUGAGAGAGAUGGUGGUGGUGGUGUGAAUGAGGGUUUAGAUGUGGAGAUUAAGGGGGCUGCUGGUGGUGGGUUGGGAGAAGAAGGGGAAGAGAGGGGUGUGGAGGUGGAGGGGGGUGAUGAGAGAGAGGAAGGGGAGAUAUUUCCUGGAAGAAACCGAUUCGUCUCGUUUGCGAUGGGAUUCUUUCUGGUGCUGCUUGUACUGCUUGUGCUUCCACCGAAUCCCUCGAGAGUUGCGACCGUCGCCGCGGUGCCGCUGCGGGACUUUCGUGGCAGUAGGCGAAUUGGGGUUACAACUCGUGCGAGUGAGGUUGAGGUUCUUGCUCCGGCGGGUGAUGGUUCUGGUAACGCCAGCAGCAACACGCCUCUUCCCAUGGCGGGGAUUUUUGGCGACCUUCAGAGCCCAGCGGCAUCCAGCUAUUCCAUGUUCGUGCAAGCCAUGGCGUCCCUUCAGCCGCCCAUGGACUAUGCUGCUUUCUUGAACGGCGCUGUGGGCAUGGCCAAUGGCAUCACCAUCCUCGCACCUUCCAAUGCCGCCUUCCAGGUCCUCGGCCCAUACACCUCAUGCCUCGCCAACUACUCACGUUCCGGGCCCAUGCUAGCCACCCUUCUCAACCACCACAUUCUCUACGGCAACUUCCCGGAAUCCGCGCUCUUUGACGGGCAGCGAUAUUUCACCCUUGCUAACACGAAUGUGCUCGUCACCCGAACGGCAACGGGGUUGACUGUGGACGGCGCGAAGGUGGUUGAGCCGAAUAAAUUCGCGGGGUAUAACGGCGUCGUGCAUGGAAUAGACCGGGUUUUGUUUCCGCCAGGGAUAACUCCCUCGCUGUACACAAUUUGCAACCAGACUGGACAGGGUCUGGCAGUGUAG